AUGGGUUCAAGCAAGCUGAGGCGAGCCCUUGGAGCUGUCAAAGACCAGACCAGCAUCGGCCUGGCGAAGGUCGGUCCUGGCAGGAGCUCGCACUCCGACCUGGAAAUCGCGAUAGUGAAGGCGACCCGGCACGACGAUUUCCCGGCAGAGGAGAAGUACAUCCUGGAGAUCAUCAGCCUGACAUGCUACUCCCGGUCGUCCAUAAGCGCGUGCAUCGACACCCUGUCAAAGCGCCUCAACAAGACCCGGAACUGGACCGUUGCGCUCAAGACGCUCAUCCUGAUCCAGAGGCUCCUGACAAAGGGCGACCCCGCGUAUGAGGAGGAGAUCUUCUUCGCCAUGAGGCGCGGGACCCGCUUCCUCAACAUGUCCGACUUCCGCGACGCAUCGCGGUCCAAUUCCUGGGACUUCUCGGCGUUCGUCCGGACGUAUGCAUUGUACCUCGACGAGCAGCUGGAAUACAAGAUGCUGGGGCGGCGGCGGAAACGCGGAAAGUACGGCCUUGAUGAAGAAGAGGAGGAAGACGGGCAAGCCAGCAUCAAGAACACGCCGGUUCCAGAGAUGAAAUGUGACCAGAUGUUUUCCAAGAUGCAGCAUUUUCAGCAGCUACUCGAACGGUUCUUGGCGUGCAAGCCAACAGGUCGAGCGAAGAACGACAGAGUGAUUUUUGUGGCCCUAUACCCAAUAGUAAAAGAAAGCUUCCAACUCUACUAUGAAAUGAUGGAGAUCAUGGCUAUACUAGUUGAUAGAUUCACAGAGAUGGAGAUCGCAGAUUGCGUGAAGGCAUAUGAGAUCUUCUCGAGAAUGGGUAAGCAAUUCGACGCACUCGAGGCAUUUUACACUUGGUGCAAGAACGUCGGCAUUGCCCGUACUUCCGAGUACCCUGAAAUCGAGAGAAUUACACAGAAGAAACUUGAUCUGAUGGACGAUGUCAUUCGGGACAAAGCAGCCGUAGCAAAAGGUGAGAGAGCGCCAAAUGCAAAGCCAAAGAAUGUUAUUGUGCAAGAAACAGUCGAAGCAGAAGCAAGUGAACCAGACAUGAAUUCAAUCAAGGCGCUGCCUCCGCCGGAGGGAUUGAGCGAACCGGCUGUUGCGGAGAAGGAAGAACCGAAGAAAGAGGACGCACAGCAACAAGCCGACCUGCUGAAUCUAGGAGACAACGCGGCGGCCCCCGCAGAACACGGAGAUAAAAUGGCAUGGGCAUUAUUCGAUGGCGACGCACCGCCGGUCGGUCCUGACCCGGCACCCAAAUGGGAGGCAUUCGGUAAUGAUACGGCAGAUUGGGAAUCCUCGCUUGUGCAAUCGGCAAGCAGUUUGUCAAAUCAAAAGACGACACUAGCUGGUGGUCUGGAUAUGUGGUCGUUCAACGGAAUGUAUCAGCAUGGAGCAACAGCCGCCGCGGCUAGAACUAGUGCAGCAUAUGCAGGCAAUGGGAGUGCGAGUAGUGUCACGGUCAGGCCAGCUGGCCAGCCGGCGAUGCUGGCUUUGCCUGCACCGCCUGCUCCAGUUGGUGGGGCGACCCGCAAUUUCGUCGAUCCCUUUGCAGCAUCGCUUACCGUUGCUCCACCACCAUACGUGCAGAUGUCGGAUCUGGAGAAGAAGCAGAGGCAUUUGGUUGACGAGCAGCUCUUGUGGCAGCAGUACUCGAGAGACGGAAUGCGAGGGCAGCUCGGGAUGGCAAACUUACAGGCCAAUUCACACAACAUGGGAGGUUACACUAGAAGUUACUGAAGGUGUGUUACAUUAUUCUCAGAUAUAGAGGUUUGAGCAAGUGAGUAGCAGAGUCAACUGCAAAGACUAAUCCUCGGGAGACACCAAGAUUCUGGAUUUAUGCCUCUCUCUCUCUCUCCGUGCUAAUGGGUUCGUUUUCUGAAUUCAUAUCACUGUAUUAUAGAGAUGUUAUUAUGUAGAAUGACAUUGCAUAUACAUAACUUAAUGAAUCUUUGCGAUGUCUAUUUCAAAAUUUUGCA